AUGGAUUUUGAUGAGGAACGAAAUGAAGAAACUGACCAACCAAAUGAAGAUGUGGAAAUGGCUGAUAAAGUAGGCGAUAGGGAAGCCGAUGAAUUAAAACCUUCAAACAAUGGUUGUUCAGUAAGGCAACUUUUUGUUGGACGCAUUUCUACGAAGACAACCGAAGUUUUUUACUUUCCAGAAUCAUUUAGAGAGUAUUUCAGCAAGUUUGGACAGGUAGCUGAUUCUGUACUAAUGAGUGAUAAAGACUCUGGAAGGCGACGAGGAAUUGGAUUUGUUAUAUAUGCUGACCCGGAAAUUGCAGAUAAAGUUUUAAAGGAAGACCAUACCAUAGAUGGUAAAAAGGUGGUCGUGGAGAAACCAGUAACUAAUACAACGAGAAUUUAUGUUGGUGGUCUUCCAUUAUCCUUGACUGAAGAUGAGUUGAAGGAACAUUUUUCUCCUUAUGGCAAUGUUGUGGAUCAUUGCAUCGUUUUGGAUAGAAGACAUGGUCGGAGCCGACGUUUUGGCUAUGUGAGUUUUGAUAAAGAGGAAGCAGUUGAAAAAGUUUUAUCUGAUGGCCAUAUGCAUGAACUUUGCGGCAAACAAGUGAGUAAUAAGGAAUUUAUACUGCCCAGAACUGAUUGUUGCCUCUUUUACUUUGAUGAAACAAAAAAAAAUUGUAGAGCUGGUGCAGCUGGUUACGGAGGCAGCAGCUACGGUGUGCAUGCCUACUAUGGUCGUGGUAGUGGUUAUGGGAACAGUGGUAGCAGCUGGAGUGAUGGGGGCAACAGAGGAUAUGGAGGUGGUGGCAAAAAUGAUGCCUAUGCAUAUGGGAACUCCGGUGCUGCUAAUGAAAGGUAUGUGCCUGCCUACAAUGGUCGUGGUCGUGGUUAUGGGAACAGUGGUAACAGCUGGAAUGAUGGAGGCAAUGGAGGAUAUGGAGGUGGUGGCAGAAAUGAUGCCUAUGCAUAUGGGAACACCGGUGCUGCUAAUGAAAGGUAUGUGCCUGCCUACAAUGGUUGUGGUCGUGGUUAUGGGAACAGUGGUAACAGCUGGAAUUAUGGAGGAAACGGAGGAUAUGGAGGUGGUGGCACAAAUGGUGCCUAUGCAUAUGAGAACACCGGUGCUGCUAAUAGAAGGUAUCAUCCUUAUUGAAAGUGACAAGUUCGCCUCCAAGGCUGCAAAUAUUUGAUGAGUUUUGACUGUUGCAUUUAGGUGUAAAAUCUUUGUUGGUGCCCCCCACCAUUAACUUCUAGUAAGAUAGAUGUAUUAGCCUGUUUACUUUGGGAUAUAAAGAUAGCAUACAGUUCUUUAUUUUAACUUUUACAAGUCAAUCAACCAUCUUGUAUUGUAAGAAAAGGAGGUUGAAAACCUUGUGAUUCUGAUCUCACAUUUAAAUGAAAUGAAAUGUAG